UUUUGAAAUUCUGUAACAUAUUUUAAUUUCUAAAAGUCCAGUUGUGGGAGAUUUCCAUUCAUUUAUUUCCCUAUAAAUACCUUCAAGAUCAGUUCUUCCCUUCAUGCUUCUACCAAACAUUGGCCUUCAUUACUUAGUUCUAAUUAUAAAACAAUGAAAUCACUUUCAGCACAUAAACAAUUCUCCUUCGACUUCAUUACUUUACUUAUAAUCAUCUUCACUUUCAUAAAAAUCCUUCAACCGGCGAGGAGUUCAACUUUUCAUUCUGAUGCAAAAAUGAAAGGUGCUGAUUCUGAAGCAGCAACUCUUUUGACAUGGAAAGCUAGCCUUGACAACGAAACCCAGUACUUCCUAAGGUCCUGGGGAGACAAAACCACCCCGUGGCAUUGGAUCCGCGUUCAUUGUGACACUGCUGGAAGGGUUGCCUAUCUAAACCUCUCGCAUAUCGGCAUAAGAGGUACACUUGAAUAUCUCAAUUUUUCAUUGUUUCCAAAUCUCCGCGUCCUUGAUCUUUUUAGUAAUUCAAUCUAUGGGAAGAUUCCGUCAAACAUUGGCAACCUUUCAAAAUUAACCUAUCUUGACCUGUCUGCAAAUUCUCUUUCUGGAACAAUACCUCCUGAAUUAGGCCUUAUAACAAAUAUCAAGACUUUUUACCUGGACCAUAAUAAUAUUAAUGGCUCUAUCCCACAGGAAAUCUGUUUUCUCAAGUCUGUAAUUGAUUUCAGUUUGAGUACCAACAGUCUGACAGGUACAAUCCCUGCUUGUAUUGGGAACAUGAGCAACUUAGCCAACUUAUAUCUUUACCAGAAUCAAUUACAUGGUCCCAUUCCUCAAGAAGUUGGAAUGCUUAGCUCUCUUCAAAUUCUCAGUCUGUAUUCAAAUAAACUUUCAGGAACAAUUCCUUCAUCCAUCACCAACUUGACAAAAGUUUAUUGGCUUAUCCUCUACGAUAACCAAUUAUAUGGUCCCAUCCCACAAGAAAUUGGAAUGCUAAGUUCUCUUGAAAUUCUCAGGCUGUAUGCAAACAAGCUAUCAGGAACUAUUCCUCCUACUAUCAAGAACUGUUCAAAACUUAUUAACUUGCACUUGGGUCAAAAUCAAUUAUCUGGUCACAUCCCUACCGAACUGGGAAGCUUGAAGUUCUUAACCGAUCUGUUCUUGUUCAUGAACAAUUUCAACGGCACUGUUCCUAUGCAGUUAGAUAAUAUAACACAUCUAGUAAACUUGUCGUUGAGUGUUAACGAUCUCACGGGUCAUAUGCCACAAAAUGUUUGCCUCGGAAGAAUGAUCAGGUUUUUGUCGCUCCACACAAACAAUUUCAUAGGGAAUGUCCCAAGUAGUUUGAAAAAUUGCACUAGCUUAUAUACUCUUCUACUCUAUGGAAACCAAAUCACGGGAAAUGUGUCGGAAGAUUUCGGUAGAUACCCAAACUUGUACUACAUCGAUGUUAGUCAUAAUAAUCUAUAUGGCGAACUCUCUUCGUUUUGGGGGGAUUCCACUAUUCUUGUAGGCUUGUUGAUGUCCAACAAUAAUCUUUCUGGAACAAUCCCACCUCAGCUUGGCCAUGCAACUCAACUAAAUGUAAUUGAUCUGAGUAAGAACCAAUUAAUUGGAAGCUUUCCUGACAGUUUUGGUAAUUUGAAGCUAUUGUUAAAGUUGUUCUUGAAUGACAACAGACUCUCAGGUAACAUACCAUUGCUUAUUGGAAAUUUUUCUGAAAUUGCAGACCUCAGAUUGAGUGAGAAUCAUUUCAGUGGCUUGAUUCCGAAACAAGUUGGGGAGUGCACAAAAUUAAUACACUUGAACUUGAGCAAAAAUGUUCUUGCUGGUGUUAUUCCAGCUGAGAUAGGAAAUUUGCACUCUCUAGAAAAUCUUGAUCUCAGCCAAAAUUUAUUAUCUGGUUCAAUACCACACGAUCUUGGUCAGUGCCAAAGAAUUGAGAUGAUGAAUCUUUCGCACAAUGAAUUUUCAGGUUCUAUCCCAUCAAGUUUUCGUCAACUUUCGAGUAUAACAGUCAUUAAUAUAUCGUACAAUCAAUUGGAGGGGCCUCUUCCAAAUAACAAAGCAAUUGAAAAUGCUGGCUUUGAUUGUUUGAGGAAUAAUAAGGCCUUGUGUGGAAAUAUUAUUGGUUUGAAGAAUUGCUCUAUGAUAGUGAAAAAUAAUGCUGAAGAAAGAAAAAGCAGAAGACUUUUGGUGUUAACUAUAUUUCCAGUGGUGGGAGGAUUGUUAUUUUUUAUCAUGGUUAUUGGCAUUUUCUUAGUUUUGCGGUCAAGGAAAAGGAUUCUCAAAGAAGAUCCAAAAAGUCCUACAAAAUUGUUUACUAUUUGGAGCUUCGACGGAAAGAUGGUGUACGAAAAAAUCAUUGAAGCAACCGAGGACUUCAACCCUAGACACUGCAUUGGGGUAGGAGGAUGUGGCAGUGUUUUUAAGGCGGAAUUGGAUGGUCUAGUUGUUGCUGUGAAGAAACUACAUGCAUCAGAUGAUGAAGUCAUGAAUCAAAAAGGAUUUCAUAACGAAAUUGAGGCAUUAACAAAAAUAAGGCAUCGCAAUAUUGUCAAGCUUUAUGGAUUUUGUUCUCACUCACGACACUCAUUACUGGUUUAUGAGUUCUUAGAGGGAGGAAGUCUGGCAAGUGUAUUGUCCAAUGACGAAAAGGCCAUAGAGUUUAAAUGGAGCAAGAGAGUGAAUGUUGUUAAAGGAGUUGCGAAUGCGUUAUCUUAUAUGCACCAUAACAUUUCGCCUCCCAUUGUUCAUCGAGACAUAUCAAGCAAGAAUAUACUGUUAGACUUCGAAAACGAGGCUCAUAUUUCUGAUUUUGGUGCUGCAAAAGUAUUGAAACAAGACUCAUCCAACUGGAUAUCGUUCGCUGGGACAUUUGGCUAUGCAGCUCCAUAACUUGCAUUUACCAUGAAAUUCAAUGAGAAAUGUGAUAUAUAUAGCUUUGGAGUUCUAGCAUUAGAAAUCAUCAUGGGAAAACAUCCCGGAGACUCUAUCUCAUCGAUUUUCACACCUUCAACUUCAUUUGUACCCUCAACUUCUGAGUCGCCAAUUAUAGCGACUGUGCAUGACAUACUUUUGAAGGAUAUACUCGACCAACGAAUUUCAAUUCCUACUGGACAUUUGGCUGAACAAGUGGUUUCCAUUGCCGAGUUAGCAUUAGCAUGCAUUCAUCCAACUCCACAACUUCGACCAUCCACAGAGCAAGUCUCAGUGCAACUGUCAAAAGAAAAUAAAUCUUUUAGGAGCCUACUCCCUUUUAUCAGAACAAGCCAACUGAUUAAUCUGGAAUGUCUUCCUUAUUGAUUAUUUAAUCUGUAUUUUUGUGCCGUAUAUAUAUGAAUAUUAGUAACUUUGUUUUCCGAA